AUGGCUGCCGCGGCGACUUUCACCAACGUCCUGAGCGUAGGACGUUCGACCUACGUUACCGACAGCAGGUUUCUCCAUGAGUAUUUGAAGGAGACGUUCGGAAAAGAGAUCAAUUUCAAUAUUGCGAGUUUCAACGAUCGGUGGUCUUUUGAGCUGGACAGAAAAUUACCCAAGGAAGAGCUCGAGAGACUGGCCACCGAGGUUGCGAACCGAUGCGAGGAGGCCUUGAAGGCGGCCCGGUCUAGUCUCAACAGGGCCAGACCGCAAGAAGACAUGGACUUGAACACCAAGAUGCCCCAAAUCGCUGGCGAGGAUUUGCCGGGAAGAAAUUCCCAGGGUGACAGGCGAGCGACGGGGUAG